AUGCCGAUUGCUGGACGUAAAAUCAAUUUCGCAGCAGGACCAGCUAAAUUGCCAGAAGAAGUACUUCUGAAAAUGCAAGAGGAACAACUAAAUUAUGCAGGAUUGGGAUUGAGUGUCAUUGGUAAAAUUGUUAUUAUUUGUUUCCUUGUUUUGAAAAAAGAAGUUAUGUUUUUCAGAAAUGUCACACAGAUCUAAAGAAUUCGGAGCACUUUUGAACGAAACAAUUACUCUCAUAAGAGAAUUAAUGUAAGUUUCUUUUGGAAAAUUCAUUUUUCGAAAAAACAAAAAUGUCUCAUAGGAAUAUUCCCGAAAACUUCGAAGUUUUGUUCAUGCAAGGUGGUGGAACCGGUCAAUUUGCAGCAAUUCCUCUCAACUUGAAGGUGACUUUUUAUUUGAAAAAAUUCCUAAAACAAAAGAAAACUUCCAUAAAAAAGUGAAAAAAAAACGAUUGUUAUCAUUUCUUUCUUUUUUUAGGGAAACCACGACCAUGCCGAUUAUAUCGUAACCGGUGCUUGGUCAGCAAAAGCUGCUGAAGAAGCUGCAAAAUAUAUCAAUGUAAAAAAGGUAAUAAUAAUAAAUCAUCAAAAUAUGAAAUUGUGGAAAAAAACAUGUUUUUUUCAGGUUUUCACACCAUCGAAGCCUUAUGUGACAGUUCCAGAUCAAGAAAAAUGGGUUCACGAUGAGAAUGCGUCAUAUCUUUAUUAUUGUGCAAACGAAACUGUUCAUGGAAUUGAAUUCACUCCAACAGCUCCAGAAUCACAUAAUGUUCCUUUAGUUGCUGAUGUUUCUUCAAAUUUCCUCGCAAGACCUUUCGAUUUCAAAGAUCAUGGAAUUGUUUUUGGUGGAACUCAAAAAAAUCUUGGAGCAGCUGGAUUGACUAUUGUUAUUGUGAGAAAAGAUUUGAUUGGAAAAGAACAAGCAAUUACUCCAGCAGUAUUUAGUUAUAAAGAAAUGAUUGCAAAUAACAGUUUAUAUAAUACUCCACCAACUGGUGGAAUUUAUACAACAAAUCUUGUUUUGAAAUGGAUUAAAGAAAAAGGAGGUGUUGAAGCAAUUUAUGCAACAAAUUUGGCAAAAAGUGGUUUGAUUUAUUCGAUUAUUGAUGAAUCAAAUGGAUUUUAUCAUUGUGCAGUUGAUAAAAGAUAUCGAUCGAUUAUGAAUGUUUGUUUCCGAAUUGAUGGUGGAAAUGAAAAAUUGGAAGCUGAAUUUUUGGAAGGAGCAACAAAACGGAAUAUGAUUAAUUUAAAGGGACAUAGAUCUGUUGGAGGUAUUCGUGCAUCACUUUAUAAUGCAAUUAGUUUAGAAGAAACUCAAGUUUUGGCUGAUUGGAUGAUUGAAUUCAAAAAAACACAUCAACAAUAG